AUGUUCAACCUCUUCUGCCGUUCAUACCAUGGGAUCCAGCGUGGGCUGCGGCGAGCUACUACGGACAGUUCAGGGUCGCCUACUGAGUCCUCGGAGAUCAACACCCCGGUAGCCGCUGCAGCUGCGAGACCACCGGACCGGUUCGUGCAGAAUGGUCAGCCGAACUUUCUGCCCAUUUACGAUGUAACCCGCUAUGCUGAGCUACUCCCUGAGUUCAAUUCCUCACUUUUCUCGGAUGCCUCUGAAGGCGUUGAGAGGGCAUUUAUGCUGCGCUACACUCAGAAGCUGGUAUCCUUGGUCCACUUGGCUAAGACCAGUGAUGAGCAGCUGGCGAACAAUCCGUUCGAAUGCAGGUUUGCAGUAACUAAGGCCGAAGAAGUUGCCGGCAAUCCUCGAGUACCGCCCUUCCACAGUGAUGCGGCAUUUGUUUUAAAGAUGACUCAACGGUGCUGCUUCUCUGUCGCCACCGUUGUAGCCGGUCUGGACUAUUUCAUCCGCUUGAUUGAUAAGGGUUUGGUCCAUUUGCACCACACCUCAUGGAGAUCAUUAUGGGUUUGCUGCAUGCUACUGGCUGAGAAGAUGUGGGAGGAUAACUUCGUACAUCCGGUUCAUAUUAUGGGACAGUAUAGCUCGAAUGCGCACACCAGAAGUGAGUAUCUCCGACUUCAGAUGGGUAUUCUCAAGGUCCUCAAUUGGGAUAUGAAUAUCACUCUAAAGCGAUUCACCGAUUUGGUGGCAGACAUCAUGGCCCACCCGGUGUCUCCGGAGGUAUUGAGUGCAGUCCCUCGACACCCUGGCAAGCUCUUCAUCCUGAGACCCCUUCCGAAAGUGCCCAAGAUGAACUUCAAUCUCUCUUCCCGGUUACGACUAAAGAAUACGAGGUUGCUCUCGAGACAUGGUGGCAGACUUGAUGUUCGCCACCAUCUGCAUGCCGCCGCCGUCUCAAGCGACUCUUCUGGCGGCGCCGCUUCUACAGUCGCGGAGAGCCACCGGCCAGAUGUCUACAACGAGAUCAAGGAGGUUGAAGAUUCGAUGGACAUCACAUCCUUCGGCCAACCUCGCUCUAGGCCAGCUGUUGGUAACCAAUCUUGGGAGUAUGUCGGAGGACACUGUUAUCGGGCGGAGCUACAGAAAGGGAAGCAGCAAGGUGUGAGCGGCGAAGAUUCUGAUGAUCAAAUGCUAUUGAGGAAGCAAGUUACCAUAACGAAGAAAGGUCAAAAGGGUGCCUUCACUUGGCCGAGUACCAGGCCUUGGCGAAAUCGUGAAGACUUCGAGCGUUUCGUCAGUAAGAGCUCUGGCAUCGACAUUUUCAAGGGCUGGUUCAUUACUUUCAUGCUGGUUGAACAUACCAGAUCAUCCUUUCAUGUUGGUAUGGAUAUGACCCAUUGGCCCGUUAUGCACAUCUUCUCUAAAGCGGCUUGCUCCCUCGACAUGACGUGCUUCUCUACAGCUUAUGGUUUUAUGUGUUAUCGAAGUUACUUAGUGAAUACCAAGAGUAGGCCACUCUCCACUACCCUUACCAGAGUCUUCCGAUCGGUCGGCCUCGUCCUUCUGGCUUUAAUAUUCAUGAACAUUACAUUCAGCUUAUCGGUGGCGGACCACAUGCCUGCUAUGAGGGAGAUCAUCGAGCUCAUAACGCUCUCGACUGUAUACUGGGAUUUCCUGGCCGCCUUCCCUUUGGAGCUCCUCAUGGGAUUUCUCUCUACUAAGCCCAUCAUUGCCUUCUCUAUGCGGUAUCGUCACCAGAGGCCUCUAGCGCGUCUGGUACUGUUUGCAUUCCUUCUUGGUUGGCCACUUGUCCUCAGCACUUACCACUUGACUCACUGCGAUACCAUCGGAGAAAGGUAUUUGGGCCUCUUCGUGGGCUGUCGUCCCUUGAAAUUCCGAGCCACCAGAUUUCCAGCCAUACCGUAUAUGUUCUACUUCAAUUUCGGCUGCAUUGUCAGCCAGUUACUAUUAGAAUACUCGGGAGGCCUCCCUCGAGCCAAGAAUCCUCAAGUUGACUGGGAAUAUCUCGACUGGAAUGGCUACGUCAGGUUUCCUAUGAACUACAAAGUUAUUCUGGCGUGGGGAGUUCUCUCCCAUUCCGUGCUCAUAUUCUCCAUGUUUAUCGCUGCCUUCAUGAAGGACAUUCCAACGGUCUCCUAUGUUAUCGACUUCCUCGAGCAUUGUGGAGCCAACGUCCUUCUAUAUCUCGUCGUCAAUUCCUUCAUCAUACACGGUAUGUUCCAUAAUCACUGGGUCGCAAGUGGUAGGGCAGAGGAUGAAGGUACAAUGGCGGCAACCAAGUUCAUUCAUUAUCUAGCGAGGACCGGCAGGAAGUAG